ACUGUGGGCGAAGAGAGGCGGACCCGGCGGUGCAGCGGCCGCCGAGCAGCGCGUCUACCCUCCAGCAACAUGAAACAUGGAUGAGGAGGUGGCGGAAAGUUGGGAGGAAGCGGCUGACAACGGGGAAAUGGAAAAGCGCUUAGAGGAGAAGCUACGAAUCAGCCAGAGAGAAAAAGACUCGAGUAACCACCAUUGUUCUUCUCGCUCGCCACUGAAGACGACCAUGGUCAUCCAGGACGACUCUCUACCGGCAGCGCCGCCGCCUCAGAUUCGCAUCCUGAAGCGGCCCGCCAACAACGGGUUGUUGGGGUCCCCCCUGAACCAGAACAGGCCCACGCCACAGGUCAAGUCCCUGGCGCAGCGCGAGGCAGAGUACGCCGAAGCCCGGAAGAGAAUUUUGGGGAGCGCCUGUCCGGAGGAGACGGCCCAGGAUAAGAACGGUGCAGACAGGACCGGUCGCAUCAAUUCUACGUUGCCUUCAGAGGACACCAGAUCAAACAAUCACGCAGUCCGACAGCCAACCAGCCCGGACGGCACCCAAGGGUUCCGACAGCACAGAUAAAUUGGACCUAAAAACUCUAGAGGGAGCUCGUUUCCAGGGGAGAGAGCAGACAAACAACACUACAUCGCUCCAAACUUUCUUCCUACUGGAGUAGGACGUCUCCUUCUCUACAGGAAGAAGUAACUUCCCCGAAGCCCUCCCCGCUUCCCGUCUUGACACUGUGACUGUGAACACCUGGACUCACUGUGAUGAUCCCUUUAAAGGAACGCCCUCACUCCUCCGCCUCUCCAAGCAAAGACUAGCAAAGAGGGGGCGAAGUGAGGGCCAUCCCCCAGCAAUAAUAGUCAAGACGUCACUUUAUAGUUGUGCUUUUUUACCUUUCACGUUGGCUUAUCAACUUUUUACCUUUUUGCCCCCCCCACCCCCCCAUUUCUGGAUUAUUACAAAGGAGUCUCUGCUUGGUCAUUUUCACAUAAACCCAAUGCUUAGAGGACUUGCAGCACAGCCCUUGUAAUACAUAAAUUGUGAAAUUUAGCCGUUUUUUUGGGGGGGGGGGGUUGCAAAAUGGACCAUCUCCUGGUGUUGCAAUGUAGCUUUAUCAGCGCGCCCCUUACGACCACGUUGCCAUGUAUUUUGAACCAUUUUUGUCUCUGCUUCGUUUCUCGUUGCCAGCCUUGCUCCUCGGACUAUUGCGCGCCCCCCCCCCCCCCAAAAGUACAUGCCUCGAGUAAAACAAGGACUUGACAUUCACUUUUUUCGUAGCUUUUCUUUUUAAAUAUACAUGAUAGAAGCAACAGCUGCAGUAUUUUAACCCAAGAACAAAUAUGGAAAUCAGGUUAGCCCGACUUACUUUGUACAUAUAGCAAGUUUUAUUUGCUUUUAGCGAGCUAGGCUAUGCCUUCUCCAGUACAACACGCAGGAAGUCGCCUCUCUCAAACACAUCCAGGAUGAAUUCAUUAAAAGGAUUGUAUGUCUCUCUUUUUAGCACAAACUUAUGCCAGCCAACAUGGUGGAUGUUUGAAAUGUUUACGUGACUCCUUGUGUAAAAGGUCACUGCUGGAAUUGUAACUGACACGGCUGUGAAUGAGGAGGAUGUAUUCAAACAUGAUCCAGAGAGGCAAGCAAGUCACCAGUUAGCUGAGGAGUGAUCUUUCAUGAUGUUGAACAGCCCUCAACACACACUUUCUCCAUGUUUCAGUUUUUGUUCAUGGUCUUUGAGAAAGCCAUAAUUUGUGGUACAAGCCAUUGACAGGUCUAAUGCCACCUGUAUCGCUACUUUAUUUCCUGGGGGUGCAAGGCAAGCGACUGGGAGAAUGGGAGCGGAAUGCCUAGCAAAAGUGCAGCAGAUGACUCUGCCAAAGGAAACUGCCUGUAAAUAAACAGAUUUAAUAAACUGAUUUGCAAAAAAAUAAAGUGCUUCAGUAACAUUGACAGAAAAAUUAA